UGGUGGGAAGUUAAUAUGAGAGUUACCGCUCGACUGACAGAGAGCGCUAUAACACUGCUAUGCAAAGCACCGCAGCCCUUUUUUUUGUCAGUCAAGUUGUGAAACUGUGAAAGUGAUUGGGAGAAGAACCGGUGAUGGGUAACGCGUUAAAAGACAAUAUGAGCAGAAAGAAAAUAUAACUUAUUGCUGGUGAUCUAUAUACCUGAGCUAUGUAUAGCUGUAGAUGUGUUGUGCUUUGAGGACAUAUGCUGAUUACUCUACCUAUUGCCAAACAGAAAUGUUGGAACACAUAAUAGCAAAAGACCUACUGGCUGCUGACUUGAAAUGCAGCCUCUUUGUGUCUGCUUUGAAAAGUUACAAACAUGAUUCUGUCCUGCGACCUUUUCCUCCUUUUUAUACUAGUGAUCAGUAUAAGGAUUUUGAUGCAUUGAUUGUAGAUGUGAACACAUUGCCAGGUCUGCAAGAAAUAAUCCAAAAUAAAGCAGAUAAAGAUAUGAAGAUGCAAGAACUUCUCAGCUGGAUUUUAUCAGAUAAACUGUUUACUAUUAAAAGCUUAAAAAAAGAUAAGUAUGAGGAAAUCCGAAUCCUGGCUGGCUCUUCCAAUCUUGCUCUGCCUACUCCUGACUUCCUGUUUGAAAUAGAGUACUGUGAGAAGCUGAACACCAAGUUCCAAGAAACCCGUGGAGAGAGGGACCUGUUAUACGCUCUGCAUGGCAGCCGGCUAGAGAAUUUCCAUUCCAUAUUACACAAUGGCUUGCACUGUCACUUAAACAAGACCUCUUUGUUUGGAGAAGGGACCUACCUGACCAGUGAUCUAAGCAUAGCUCUUCUGUACAGUCCCCAUGGCCAGGGCUGGAUUCACAGCCUCUUGGGACCAGCACUAAGCUGUGUAGCUGUAUGUGAAAUGAUUGAUCAUCCGGAUGUGAAGUGCCAGGCCAAAAAGAAAGAUUCCUCUGAAAUUGACCGGAAGAGAGCAAGAGCAAAAAACAGUGAAGGAGGGGAUGUGCCAGAGAAAUAUUUUGUUGUGACAAAUAACCAGUUAUUACGAGUAAAAUACCUACUGGUGUAUUCUCAAAAGCAACCACAGAGAGGAUCCAGGCAACCAUCUUGGCUUUCCAGGCAUCUCUUUGCCGUUUCGAUGACAUUCUACCUUCUUUUACUAGUUGUCAUUGGAUUAAGCAGCUCUAAAACCUUUACACAUCUCUGGAAGAGACUCUUAGGUUGAAGGAUUUUCACUUUUUCCUCUUUGGACUGCACCACCGGCCUUAAUAUAUACCAGAUGUGACUAUGCACUUUAAACUGUAACGUUUUGCAAAAAGCAAAGUAAAAAUACAUUCCAAGUCCAGAUUUACCUGGGUUCUCAAAAUAUGCUGCUUUACAGUUUUUAUUGUUUUUAUUUUAUGACUUAUUUAUCACUUCUACAAAGACUAAGCAAAAGAGCAAUACAAACUUUUCUGAAACAAAUGGCAAUUAAGCAGACUGUUCUAUUUAACUGUCGUGUUACUUUUUUUCUGAUUUUAAUCGAUAUCUUUUUUUUUUUCCUUAUCUUAUACUGUCUCCCAUAUGAAAAGGAUAUUGAGAGUAUUCUGACAACAUUGUAUAAUGUGUGUAAAGUUAAAAAAUAUGGUCCUGAUUGUUUCUGUAUGUAAACUAGUCAGACAGAAAUACAUACAUUUGUGGAAUGAUAGUUUUAUUAUAAACAAGAGAUAAGAAAUACUCAUUUACAUAUAAUAACUUUUAAGGAUCUUAAAACUAUAAAACUAAAAUGGAGGAUUCUAGGUUUUUGAUAUUUUGCCAUAGUUUUUGUAAUGUUUGCGCUCUUAGGAAUAGUCUGGCUGAUGUGAUUAGCAGGUAACCUGCUUUAUGCAGCGCUCUGUCUAACAUAGAGCACUAUAGUAGGGUUCAGACCUGCGUGCAAGUGAGAUCAUUGCAGAAUCUAUUUACUAGACCUGAAUCCUCUGACAUGUACCGGAAGGUUUGUGUUAUUUCUCCCAUGUGCAGAUCAGCCAAAAUAAAGUUCAAGCAAGCAUCUGUUUUUCAAACAAA